AUGGACAGGAAACGGCCAUCGGUGCCCUUUUCUUCUUCCCUGACGACGAACAGCAGUGGUUUCCUCGUCGCCUUCGCAGGUCACUCUCGGAGUCGUGCUGCAGAACAGUUUCAAGUUUAGUUGUUUAGCAUGAGAUCACCACCAUGAGUGUCAGGGCUAUGUGGAUGGUGUCAAGGCAGCAGCUACCGUGUCAAUUCUUGGAUCAUAAAACGUUGCGAAAAAGAAACCUAUGGCCAUCGGUGCUCCAGCAGUGCUGUCUGGUGCAGUUCUUCCUUCGUGCUGACAAAUUGGCAAUUAGUUGCGCGCGCCAUGGAGAUGGCGCGACCGGGAAAUGGUGGAGGAACCUUCGACGACGCCGUGACCUGGAGGCGCUGGAACGGCUUCCUGUCGUCGUACCCUGACAUGGGCCGGGACUCCGACGGUGGCCGGGCGGCGCUGCAGCCGUUGCCGGCGCAUGGCGUGGGCAGCCGGCGGCGCACGUACGCCGACGGCGAGCUCGACGUGUUCUCUGCCGAGCGGUACUUCAGAGGCGCAAUGGACUACGGCAACGGGGACCGCAAGGAAGGUGUCUUUGUCACCGCCCCCGCGGUAGCGGGGCAGGUGCCGCAGCCCUUGGUGGAGACGGCCGCUGCGAGGCCGGCGGCGGAGGCCGUGGUAAUGGCUAAGCCGUCCUGGACUCGCGCGUCGACCGUGAGCUUCACCGCGAGCUCGGCGUCCAGCGCCAACAGCCAGGCAGCGCUCUUCCGCGGCGGGCCCCGUCGACGGCGCAGCUCCUGCCGCGACAGCAAGUGCUGCGUGCGGGUCGGCGUGCUCAUGCGCACGUGCUCCGGGAAGCGGUCGGUGAGCGUGGACGGCUGCGCGGCCAAGGAAGCCCCCGGCGCCGCCGAGGCAGCGGCGACCGGGAUCGACUGGUACAGGGAGCUGAGGAUGCACAAGGCCGCCCUCGGACUCUCUGGGCAUGGCAAUAGGCAUGACCUGGUGCCCGCCGGUCUCCCGCCAAGCUUGAAUCUUGGGACGGCGAAAGUGGCAGCCAUCGGGAGUGAGGUGACAGCAGGCGAGGAGUCUGCUGAGCUCGCCUUCUCAAGAUCUAUGAGAAGGAGAAGCAACUUUACUCUGGUGGCUCCGGUCAGAGCCAACGUGCCGGUGAGCGGCCGCGUCGGCGAGCCCGCCGGAGCCGGUAAAGGUGGCGGUGGCAAGCACGACGAUGACGACGCCGGGAGCGAGUCGAGCUCCGACCUGUUCGAGAUCAAGAGCCUGAUGAUCAGCGAUUGCCCCUACGAGCCGAGCGAGGCGAGCAUCCAGUGGAGCGUGGUGACCGCGAGCGCCGCGGACGCGUCGGAGCGCGGUGACCGCGUCCCCGCCAGCGGCGGCGGCGGGAGGGGUCCUGUCUCCGGAAGGCAGCUACGGGGGUACCGCCCGCGCCCGACCGGGAUUCUGGCGGGGUGCGCCAGCAACAGGGCCAUAGAUGUGUCCGCGGCGGCGAUGCAGCGGCGCAGUGAAGCAUUUCAGAAGGCUCGGAAUGGAGCCUGAAGAUUCUCUAUUUUGUGGCCUCCUUGUGAAUAUUCGUUCAUGCCAUUGUAACUAUCUUGGACGCUGUGUCAGAUGAGAGUUUUAUGGAACACACACAAUAGCAUAUGGAUAUCGUUUAGAGUAUGAGUAUCAUAAUAGAUUUUUCUCAAGCAAAAAGUAUGACAACAAAAUAACUUAGGACCUA